GGAUAUAAACUAUGGCAGAUUUCUUGAUUUACGUGGUGACUUACUUACCACACAGCAAUUAGCACCACAGCAUGGCAUACCUAAAUGUGCAGUGAAUGAGAUAACAGCAAGACCAGCUUUUUUUUUAUAUGUCUCCCUCUUUACUGAAACUGGGCAGUUUUCAUUUAUGUGCAACUUUGCUCGUGUCAGAGGCAGCCAGAUGGAGUCCAGUGAGGUAUUGGUCAGUAUGGAUGGGUUCAGAGCAGUGUGAGCAGAAACACAAAAUCAGAUGAUGGUCUGCAGAUGAUUGACAGCUAAUGAAGGGGGAGUAAAUUCAUGACCUGAAAAGAACAUGAAUAACACCAGUGCUGCACAAAAACAGCCAGCAUGAUAUUCUUCCAUUUAUGUUGAAACAGUCACAGGUCUCAUCACCAUGGCCUCUCGGAGACAACCUUUCCAGGGACAGAUUGGCAUGCAUGGGACACCACUCACCACUGUCAUCAGCUGUGGAGAAUUUAAGGCUGCAGAGCAGAUCAUUGAGUCCACCAGCGACCCGUCUUACCUCAAUGAUGGCCGCUGUGAGAACAUUCCCCUCCACAUGGUCCUCUCCAACAACUGCUAUGCCAAGAACUGCCGGAACCUGAGGCUGGCCCGACUGCUGGUCCAGAAGGGUGCCAGUCCCAACCUCAGGAUACCCUAUGGGGAUCUAGACAUGGCAUCCCCAAGCCCAUUUGAGGAACUGGUGGUGUAUCACGAAGUGCUCAAGUCAUAUGUUGCUGGUGUUUCUGAUGUGCUGUUUGAGGAGCUGGAGAUGUACUUUGAGACUGAAGAGCUGAAGUUGGAGUUUUUGACCAACACUAUUGAUCUUGAUAAUGAGAAGUGUCUUCCCAGCCUUGAGAGUUGUAAGAAAUUGAUUGAACAGACUAGCGACUUGAUUGACAUUUUCCUCCGCUAUGGAAGUAAUCCUAGUGUUCUUACGACAUUUUCCCACAAGUCCCUCUUCCACUGGGUGAUCGAACAUGAGGACAUUGACCUUGCCAAACGCUUCUUGGACACAUGCAGAGUCAAUCUAAACCUUUGUGACGUGCAUGGCAGUACUCCCUUGAUGGACACCAUUCUGAGAAACAGUCCAGAAAAUUCACUUGCCAUUUAUGAAGCAAUGUGUGACACAGCUGACACUGUAGAUAUAGAUGCUCGUGACUGUUGUGGGGAGAAUGCUCUCUUUAGGGCAGUGUUUGCUGGUGCUACUGAAAUGGCAGUCAGGCUGUGUAAGGAUGGAGCCAAACUUUGGACUGUUGUGUGUCUGUCGCAGGUCCCAAUGUCAACCUGCAGAGAACCCCCAGAUAGUGCUAACUUGAUAUACACUGGCUUUCUGUCGGAAAGAGCGUCUCCCAUGACCACUCCCUUCCUGGCACCUCUGCUGGCAGACUCACUAGUCCGGCUCAGAUACUCCCACGUUUCAACACAAGAUUCCAGUUCUGAUAUAUUCCAUCCUCAUAAGCAUCUCCUAGACAAAAUUAUUUCAGCCUCUGUUUCUCCUUUAAUAGACCACGGUUGCUUCAGUAAUCAGAUUGUUGCUUCAGAAGUAACAUCACUGCUGGACAGUACAAACUAUUCAAUGACUGGGCAGGUUAAUCCCACAGAUCUGUUAACUUUGAUGUUUGGCCAAGUGUCUUGUGGUCUGCGACAAUUGUGUGUGAGGACCAUUCUUGAUCAUUCCCUCAUGGUGUCUCAGGUAAGUAGUAAACUGUGGCCCAAAGAAGCACCCAGUGUCUUCUGUAACCAUUGCUGUGAGGGAGCAGUAACUAAACACAAGAUGGAAGAACUGGUAAAAAUUCUGGGUCUGCCUCAGCCAUUUCAAAUAUUUUUUGACAUUGAGGUAGUCAAAUACUUGUGUUGCGGUCUAAUAAUGAGUCACCGCAGCAUGGAGUGUGACCAGGCAUGUUCUGCUUCUGAAGAGUCCCUGUUUGAUGAUGAUGAUGAUGAUGAUGAUGAAUCUUCUAGUUAUGAAUUUUCCUCAGUGUAUGCCGAUUCUGAUUCCCUCCUUUUCUUCUCUUCUGACAUCAGUGAAGAAUCCUCUGAGGAGGUUGAUGACUUGUCAGAUGAAGAUCUCUCAGGUAGUGAGGAGGAUAUAGAGGACAAGUUGAAGAAGGCAGAGGAGACCAAGGAGGAAGCUUCCAAACUUAAGAAAAUAAAGUAUAAACAAGACAAUUCUGGCUCUGGUUCAGGUUCUGAGUCUGAAAACAUGAGGGUAGUGGUGGAAACUUUCUGUGAGGACUUGGCUGAGGGUGUGGCUCAGGACCACCCAAACGUUUGCUGUGAUAAAUAUCAAAGACUUGAUGAUGAAUCCACAACCACUACAGAGUCUCAUGAAAAUCUGACUGCAAGUGAUUCCAUCUCAGAUUCUCUUUGUUAGUAUUAUAGGCAAACAAAUCUGUUGAACAUAUCUAUCUACCUAUCCAUUAAUCCAUUAGAGUUUCUAUAUAUCUGCAUAUCUGUCCAUCUGUACAUUUAUUUAUAUGUCAAUCUGUGUAUUUAUUACAGCACCUAAGUUUCUUUUAGACUUUCACAAGGGGGUUAAGUAUGGCUGAAGACUCUCCAUUUGCUCAUUUCUUUAUACUUCAGCCUUGCACACCUCACUCUUCCUUCCUUGCCUGAUGUAUCAAAAUAGAAAGCCGUCCCCUGGCAAUCAACAUCUGCCUUCCUCAAUUAACUCUUCAGUCAUAUCAUUGUCUUCCAUUACCUCCAAGUGAAACAAACUACACCUCUCUCCUGCCAUUCUUCAUCCCUUCACUACUUGGACAUGCUAAACAGUUCAUAUAUAUUCUCAUCACUGUCAUUCAUCACUAUUCAUUUUGUUCAAGACUGUCAGAUCAUUCCUCUCUUCUGCCAGAAUCAUAAACCUUCAACUUUCAUUCCAUGCUCAUAUUUAUUCCCAGGUCAUUGGUGUUUUACUUGUAUGCUAUUGUGUGGUAUUCUAGUUUUCUUUUUUGCUUCUCUGUUUUUCAUUAUAUCAAAGUUUGUUGUGCAUUGUCUUGUUCUAUGCUUCCAUAUUAGCACAGAAUUGAACCAAGAUAUAUAAACUUCUGUGCUUUUAAUUUUCAUUGAUAUUGUUUACCAUUUAAUCACAUAACACGCUGUUUGUGGCACUUGGCUAAUGUUCUUGCAGUGGCAGAUCAAUCAAGGCUAACCAAAAUCUGCUGGGGUGUUGGCAGUCAUUUAUGGCCCUGAUGGUAACAUGUCAGAUUUGCAUUACCUUGAGUGUCCUGCCAGGGGUUCAGUUCCUGGCAGUAACUUCUCCUGGCCUAUUUAUUCCACCUGUAGACCAAUUCCUCAUUGCUUCCAAGAUGCUGAGAAUGUGGCAUGACAUGUUAUAUGGCUUUCAUAGUCACUGUACUGCAUAUACAAAAAUUUGUCAUUAAGCUAAACAGUAUAAUAUCUGCCUGCUCCCUCUUUUUAAGGUUAAAUUGUUUUGUUUUUAUGACAAAUAUUUGACCACUAACAAGAAUUGAAAAUUUGUCAGUUUAAGUAAAAUCAACAAACGUAACCCCAGAGUACUGAACAAUGUAUUCCCUUGAAGAACCAUGCCCUUGAAAAUUAUAAAACUUACUCUGAAACUUGUAAGGGUGAUUGUUCAGUGUAGAUUGUGAGCAGAAGCAAAAAGUUUUGAUUAGAAUCUGAGAAAGAAAAACAAUUAACUGUCACAUAUAAGAUCAAAAGAUUGUAAGUCAACUUUAGACCUUACACACACAUGCUUUCCUAGUCCCCAUCCCACUCCUAGAAUUCAUCUCAUCCUUUUCCAGCAAAGUACACCUUCUUGCAUGAUGCUUUGACCUUUGUUCUUUGUCAGAUUUUCACGCUGCUGUCCCAUGUAUCACAUUAGAUGAGGUGCUUCUUAUAGAAAUUAGGCAAGUGAGAGAGAGAGAAAUAAAAGUUAAUGGGUCUGCAGUGUGUAAGCUGGCCUCUGUGCCACUCCCAAACUACUAACAGCACUGAUUGCAUAGCUGGAGAGGAGGCAGAUGGCAGCUCAGGGUUUCACUGGUUCUGUGCUGCCUUUUUAGGAUAUUGCCUCACUUCUGAAUAGAGUCUUAGGUACAAGUAACCCAGACAAAAAUUUGUAUGAAUUUAUGAGAAAGUUGCCUAUAUAGACAAUAUGUCAAUCUUUAUAUUCAUGUUUUAACUAACUUUUUAUAUACAUGUAAGGUAUACAUUCAUUCUCAGUUGAGGCAAAUGGUAACUGAGUUUUAACCUCUGUCUCACUUGCUUAAAGAGAGCACCUCAACUUUGCUGUUCCAGUACAUGUAGUUUCAUUCUCCAUUUUACAUUCAAGAUUCAAGACACACAUAGGUAUUUCACAACUGAACGUGACAUGCAGCACCUGAGUCUUCACUAUGCUGACAGUGCAUAAACCCUGAGUACUUUUAAUUAUUAUGUACAACUGUUGUUAUUUGUAUUAUUAUUAUUACUUGUUGGUCAUUUUGGUGUUCACUGAUUGAUUUGACUUUUCUUCUCAUCUAUAUAUUAGGCCAAUAUCCUCAGCUCUGGUUUAAGUUUAAUAAUUAUAACUUUAUGUCCAAUAUAUUCCCUGUUGAUGACCAUAAUGAGAUAUUAUCUAGUAGAUAUGAAAUUUAGUUUAAUUACUUUGUACAUUUUGUAGGUGGGAAAUUUAGUCAGAUAUUAUUUAGUAGUUGGGAAUUUUUUUGCACCCAUUUGAUUUGUUACUGUAUGACCACUGAUACGUCAUCCUUCUCCUCAGUCUUCCCAUUAGCCAGCAGUAUUCCUUGAAUUAGAUGAAAUGUAUACCAAACUGCACUAUUCUUUCCCUCUAUUUUCCUUGUUGUUUGCCUCAUGAAGUCUUCCUUGCAAUUCCUGAAUUAACACAGAUGAAUCCUUAUUUCCAAACUCAUGGCUAACACUUGCUGGAUUGCUGGGAAAGUUAUUGUCAGAGGAAAUCAUUGCUUAAGGAAGUGUUAUUUCUUGAUGUAGUACAAAACUAACAAGUGCAUAUUCCAGGAAUUAAUUUCAUCAAGUGGUAAUUAUUCACUUUAUAAGUCUGGUACACAGAAUUAUAGUUAUGCUUAUUUCGAGUCACUCAAACUUGAUCAGUAAGUCACAACAUUGCAUAAUGUCACAAUUAUUGCAUAAAAGUCAUAUAGUAGAUGGUUUUCAGAUCUUGUCAUAUGUAACUUGCAUAUUACAAUGUUAUUAUUAUUUUGACAUAUCAUGUUUCCCCUUGGGCUUGAAUGAGUUGAAUUAUACCCAUUGUUGGAUGAGGUUGCAAUGGUAACUCAACUGACUGUCUUCCUUUUGUUCUCCCAUCUCCCUCAUGUCUCCUUGCUUUUCUUUACACUACCUGCUACUUUUGAAUUCCCUAUCAAAGACACUUAAGAUACAUAUAGAACCUUUAUAGGAUUCUCAGGAGUUUUACUGUGGUAGUUUGAAUUUUCUUUUUAUGCAUUUUGUUUAUAUUUUCUCUUGUGGCAUGAUAUAGAUAUCUUAAACUUGGCACUACUUGAAGUCAGUACCAAUUACCCAUGGGAUUACUUUAUGACCCUUGGCCAAGUAAUCUAGGCAGCAACAUGUCAGGUUAUUGUAUGUAGGUGCAGGUGUAGCCAUGGUCACAAAUCAGUUAACAUGCCACACUCACUUCCAUUGUGUCUUGUAUUUUUCCUCAGUUGUAAGUUCUCAAAUCCAUUGACCAUCUUACAAAACCACACCAAAAACAGAUCAAGCAUUAUUAAGACAAAAAAAAAAGCAAGUUGAGGAAAGAUAAAUCACUGACUGAUAAGUCCAGUUAAGGCCAGGUAAAUCAUUAUAAAGACCACAUUAUCCUUACACAGGAUUUAAAUAUAAGAGAGUCAACUGGACAGUGGAUUUGAGAUUGAGGAAAAAAACUAAACUAAGUGGAAAUUAUUGUGGCAGGUUAUUCUAUUAUUGUCCUUGACUACUUAUCUUGCAACAAAUGGGUCAGCCCUGCUAGCAUCAGGUGUUUAUUUUGAAAGUUUUUGUUAUAUCAUGUGCCAACGUAAAUUGUGCAGUGAUCUUUGUUAUGCAAGGGAGCAAAUUUUUGGUUGUGGUCUGAAUUACGUUGUUUGGUGCCAGACAACAACGGAGUGAUUUUACUCCCCAGAAUGUGAUGAAGUAAACAAGACAUGUUUGCCAUCUGGUGUAUUGUUUGGUGCUGUCAGGUAGAGGCAUGUCAGUGCUGGAAUAUGAGACAGAAUUCUUCUACAUGAUUUACUUAAAUGUAUCCAAAAUUACAUUAAUUAUUUAUAAUUGUAUGUUUUGAACCAAAGGAAGGAAUAUAGUCACAUUGUGCAUCUGUAUAUUUAUACUGUAUAUAGCAGUUACUUGAUAUUAUUGAUAAUCUACCUUGUGAAGGAACACUGGUUUGAAGGGAGACUGUGUUCAGUUUAUUUCAUUGUUUUGAGUGACAGAGAAUAGUAGUUUGGCUUGUUAAAUGGUGAAGUUUGACUUUGCUAUGGUUGACACUACCCCUUCUUGAGCCACCAUUCUCUAAUCAACAUUGGGCAUUAUAGUGGAAGUUGUGUGUGUGUUUUCCAGGAUUGAGCCAAGUUUAUGAUGUCAUAUUUAAAAAAAAAAACAUUUUCAUACUUUUCUUUAAAUUUAUGUAUAUUAUUUCCAUACACCAUUAUUCUCUGGUGAUGCAUUCCAGUGAUCAAUGGUUCUAUAUGUAAAUCCAUAUCUCUUCACAUACUUAUCUUAUCUUUAAAUUUCUUGUGUCUUUUUAGCGUUGGUUUUCAUGUCUGACACGAGUCUUCACCUUGUUUUGUGCGUGUGUGUGUGUGUGUAAUUCACCCACAGUCUUGAGGAUUAUAUGCUGGACUUGAGAUCACCAGCUGUACCUUCCCAGUGAGAGCUUAGGAUUCAUUUUGUGUUGCCUUUUUUGUGUAGCAAUCAUAACACUGGUGCACACACUAACUUUCACUUAAUUAUCAAAACAAACAGCUUUUUAUCAUCUCAUCCAGAUCAUCCUAUUCAUAUCCCACUUCUGACUUAUCCACAAUCAUGACCAUAUUCUUUGCUUCCUUGGUUGUAUCAAUACAUUUAUUUCACAUUAGAUAAUCUCUGACUGUUCCUAACCAUUUUCUGUCAGUUUGUAUUUCUCUGGUAUUAAACUUUGAAUAUCAAAAUACUCAUACUUUGUCCAGAUCCCUACAGUCUUCUUUGUUUUUCUCUUUUCUGACUUACCAUUAUCCACAAAUAAAAUUAAAUAUUUAUGCAUUCCUUCUCUUCAACACUCAUGUAAACUGAGGAUAUCACUGUUGCCAGCAGUGAUCAUUGAGGGACACCACCUGUUACUGUGUAUAAUUCACCAGUCUUGAAGAUCAUCUGCUAGACUUUGAUAUCCAGUUAUGCCCUCCUGGUGAGAGCUUAGAACUUGUAUAGUCUGGUUUGUGUGUGUGUGUGUGUGUGUGUGUGUGUUUUGAAAGAGUACAUGCAUACAAGCAGGAUAGCAAAAUGAAUGUGUUAAUACAAAAAACUCGUCAAAAUAUCUCUGUUAGAAGGACAGGAUUCCAAUAAGAAUUUUAUACUGCUAGAAUAUAAUAUUCAGUUCUUCCAAAGGCUCAUCUUCCUAGACUUUCUUCCCUGUUCAGAAAAAAAUAAUGUCACAUGACUUUAAGAAGUGAACCUUUAGCCACUACUGUAUCAGCAGAAAUAAUCUCAUUAUUUAUAAUAAGAUUAUUAAAUGUAAGGCACAAAUACAAAGAAUGGUGUGCUGUGAGUGCUGUCCUGCAUCCUGGUGGUGAGGACGAACCCAUGUGUCAUUAUUUUUCAAGGGAGUUGUUUUCUUCCAUAAGGCUUGUGGUGCCUUCCAAAAGUUGCAAUCACUUCAUAGUGGUCUUUUGUUGCCAGUGCCAAUAAUUGGAACACAUGUUAAAAGCCCUAUAAAAAAUUGCAUAUAUUUAUUUUUGCCGUGUUUGAGAUGUUUUAAAUUAGAUGAAUCUAUAUUUGUAGUUUUGGUUAUAUCAGAUUAAUGAAUGGAAUGAUCCUUGAGCUUCAUUCUGAGUGGUGGUAGUAAGGCAUGUGUGUGUAGGCCACACCUGUGUAAGGUCCUACUCUGGUAGGUUCAUCCUGAGUUAUUCAACAUGCUCUUGUAUGAACUUAUUGAAAACUAUAUACAUAAAAUAAAAAGUGAAUCACUGCAAA